AUGGAAGGCUGGGGGCAAGUAAUUGACAUGCGGCCCAAGUUUGACAAGAAUGGUCUUGGUUUCAAUCCUAGAAAGCAUAAUGCAUCUCUCAAGCCUGAUAUCCUUAGCCCGAUCAAGUUUGUGACUGGGGGUGUCAUUCAAGACGGUCAGGUUAAUGCCAUUACCAAUGGCGAGGAGGUGGAUAGUGACUUGUACUUUUGUGCACUCAUAACUGACUCUUCUUCCAUGACACUUUCACCAUCUUUACAAAGCAGAGAAGCAAGUGCUUUGUUGAAGUGGAAAGAAAGUCUUGACAGCCAAAGCCAAACUACAUUGUCUUCAUGGAGUGGCAAUAAUUCAUGCAACUGGCUUGGAGUUUCCUGCAAUGAAGAUUCCAUGUCUGUCUCGACAGUAAAUCUCACAAAUAUGAGACUGAAAGGUACGUUUGAAAGUUUUAACUUCUCGUCCUUUCCAAAUAUUAAAAUAUAUCUUCUGAACAAUUAUCUUUCUGGAUCUAUACCUAGCGAAAUUGGCAAGUUAUUGCACAUGAAAAAAUUAUUUCUUUCUGGAAAUUAUCUUUCUGGAUCAAUUCCUCGAGAAAUUGGAAAACUGGAGAACAUAACCAAUCUACUUCUUAAUGACAAUAAUCUUUCUGGUUCUAUUCCUAAAGAAAUUGGAAUGAUGAGAUCUAUUGUAGACAUAGAUUUGUCAAAUAAUAAUCUGUGUGGUAAAAUUCCAGCUGCAAUUGGAAACUUAAGCCAUUUACGAUAUCUCGGCUUUCCGGGAAACCAUCUCAGUGGAACAAUUCCUAUGGAAUUGAAUAUACUUGGUAAUUUGGAAACAUUCAGUGUAUUUGAUAAUAAUUUUACAGGUCAGUUUCCUCAGAACAUUUGCGUUGGUGCAAACCUGAAAUAUAUUGGUGCUUACAAUAACCAUUUCAUAGGGCGAGUUCUAAGGAGUUUGAAGAAUUGUUCAAGCCUUAUUAGACUUAGGCUUGAAAAUAACCAUUUUGAGGAAAACAUAACUAAUUAUUUUGGUGUAAACCCAAAUCUGAAGUUCAUGGGAUUGGAUAACAAUAAUUUUUAUGGCCACCUUUCAUCUAACUUGGGAAAGUUUCAUAACUUGACACAUCUUCACAUUUCCCGAAAUCAUAUAUCAGGCUCUAUACCACCUGAACUCGAAGAAGCAUCCAACUUAUAUUCAAUUGACUUAUCAUCAAACCAUCUUACAGGAGAAAUUCCAAAGGAGUUAGGAAACUUGACAAAGUUGGGCAGACUCAUUUUAAACAACAAUCGUCUGUCUGGUAAUGUAAAAGUAGCAUCCCUAAAGGAACUUGAAAUCUUAGAUGUUGCAGCAAAUAAUCUAAGCGGUUUCAUCCCAAAACAGCUUGUCACUUCGUCCAGAUUAUUUGACCUAAAUUUGAGCCAUAACAAACUUAGAGGAAAUAUUCCUGAUGAGUUUGGUAAAUUUCAUGCCCUUGAAAGUCUUGAUCUGAGUGGAAAUAUUUUGGAUGGAACCAUACCACAAAUGCUUGGAAAACUGACACACUUGGAAACAUUGAAUAUUUCGCAUAACAACCUUUCCGGAUUUAUCCCUUCUUCCAUUGAUCAGAUGAUUAGUUUGUCAUUUGUUGAUAUAUCAUACAACCAAUUGAAAGGUCCACUUCCAGAUAUGCGAGUAUUCAAUAAUGCAACAAUUGAAGUGUUGAGAAAUAAUUCAGACUUGUGCGGUAAAGUUUUAGGGUUGAAGUCGUGCAGUGGAUCUCAUAAUCAUAAGACUAACAAUCUGAUCUUAUUGAUAGUUUUACCUCUAGCACCAGGAAUUCUAAUGCUAGCAUUUGUUUGUUUCAAACUCUCAAAGCAUUUAUGCCGAACGCGAACCACAAGAGACAAUCAGGAUGGUGGAAUUAUUGUUGCUCCAAAUAAUGCAUUCACAAUAUGGAGUUUUGAUGGGAAAAUGGUGUAUGAGAACAUCAUUGAAGCAACAGAAGAGUUUGAUGACAAAUAUCUCAUUGGAGUAGGAACACAUGGAAGUGUCUACAAAGCUGAGUUGCACACAGGUCAAAUUGUUGCUGUUAAGAAAAUUCAUUUAGCAACAAAUGGAGAAAAUUCUAAUAUAAGAUGUUUCACAAGUGAGAUUCAAGCUCUGACAGAAAUUCGACAUCGUAACAUUGUGAAGCUAUAUGGAUUUUGUUCACAUUCACGCGUGUCACUUUUGGUCUACGAGUUCAUGGAGAAAGGUAGUUUGGAAAAGAUUUUGAAAGAUGAUGAACAAGCAAUUGAAUUUGAUUGGAAUAAGAGGGUGAAUGUCAUUAAAGAUGUAGCAAAUGCUUUAUGCUAUAUGCACCUUGAUUGCUUCCCUCCGAUUGUUCACCGAGAUAUAUCAAGCAAGAAUAUACUUAUGGAUUUAGAAUAUGUGGCUCGUGUCUCAGAUUUUGGAACAGCUAAACUUCUUAAUCCUAAUUCAGCCAACUGGACCUCUUUUGCAGGCACAUUAGGAUAUUCUGCUCCAGAACUUGCAUACACAAUGGAAGUGAAUGAGAAAUGUGAUGUGUAUAGUUUUGGAGUAUUGGCAUUGGAAAUACUUCAUGGAAAACACCCUGGAGACAUUAUAUCUAAUAGUAUACAGUGGAACACUAUGGCGGGACCAACACUGGAUACUAUGUCAUUCAUGGAUAUGUUGGACCAACGUCUCCCUCGUUCAAUGAAUACUAAAACUAAGCAGAUAUUAUCCAUUACGAAGACAUUAAUUUCUUGCUUGGAUCAAAGUCCACGAUCUCGUCCAACAAUGGAGCAGGUUUCCAUGGAGAUUUCAAUAGCAUCAUACUUUUGUUAA